ACGAUGCCGUCACCUGGGCAGACCCGGACCACUGGCAGCCCCCCAAGGACGUAGGUGACCCCCAGGGCGUAGAGGCAGGGAAGAGCCUUGAAUCGUGAGGGGCCGUUAACUCUAAGAUGUCCUUGAGCAGCGGAGCUUCCGGAGGGAAAGGAAUUGAUGCGAACCCGGUUGAGACGUAUGACAGUGGGGAUGAGUGGGACAUUGGUGUAGGGAAUCUCAUCAUUGACCUGGACGCUGAUUUGGAGAAGGAUCAGCAGAAAUUGGAAAUGUCGGGCUCCAAGGAGGUGGGGCUCCCGGCACCCAACGCAGUGGCAACGCUACCGGAUAACAUCAAGUUUGUGAGCCCAGUGCCAGGCCCGCAAGGCAAGGAGGGCAAAUCAAAGUCGAAAAGGAGCAAGACUGGUAAGGACAGUGGGAAGCCGACCCCAGGGUCCUCCCUGUUCACUCCCAGUGAGGGAGCUGGUGGCAAGAAGGAGGUUCAAGGACGCUCUGGGGAUGGUGCGAACUCGGGGGGUUUGGUGCCUGCCGUCACCCCGAAGAGCUCGGAGAAGUCAGCCAAGGCGUCUCGCAGUGUGGCUGGCUCCAAGAAGGAGAAGGAGGGCGGCUCAUCCAAAAGCAAGAAGGAAAGGAGUGAGGGUGCAGGGACUGCGGCAGAGAAGGAGCCCAGCGUGCUGCAGCCCCUGGCCCUGGCAGUGAGGGUGGGACAGUAUGAUGGGGGCCAGGGGACAGAGCCUGCUGCUGCUGAGCAGCUUGGGAGUAUAGCUAUUGACACGGGAGCUGCGCUCAAUCCCUUGGGAGUAAAGUCGGAGCUGGAGGAUGGAGAAAGUGAGUGCCGGCAGCUGAAAAAGGUGAAGUCAGAGAAGAUGGAAUCUCCAGUCUCUACGCCUGCAGUGUUGCCCUUGCAUCUUCUUGUCCCUGUGGUCAACAACGACAUCUCGUCGCCGUGUGAGCAGAUCAUGGUACGCACCCGCUCGGUGGGGGUGAACACCUGCGAUGUGGCCCUGGCCACCGAGCCCGAGUGCCUGGGCCCCUGCGAGCCCGGCACCAGCGUGAACCUGGAGGGCAUCGUCUGGCAGGAGACGGAGGAUGGGAUGCUGGUGGUCAACGUCACCUGGAGGAACAAGACAUACGUGGGGACACUGCUGGACUGCACGCAGCAUGACUGGGCGCCUCCCCGGUUCUGUGACUCUCCCACCAGUGACCUGGAGAUGCGCAACGGCCGGGGCAGGGGCAAGCGCAUGCGCCCCAACAGCAACACGCCAGUCAAUGAGACGGCCACGGCCUCGGACAGCAAGGGCACCAGCAACAGCAGCAAGACCCGGGCGGGAGCCAACAGCAAGGGCCGCCGGGGCAGCCAGAACUCCUCGGACCACCGCACCCCGCCUGGCGGCACCACCGAGGACGUGAAGGCCAGCCCCUCCUCCGUCACCAAGCGGAAGAGCAAACCCCUCUCCGACAUGGAUCUGAACUCCAGCUCCGAGGACUCCAAGGGCAGCAAGCGCAUCCGCACAAACUCAAUGGGCUCGGCCACGGUGCCGCCUGCCACGGUCAAGGUGGAGCCAGCUGUCCUGGAGCGCAACUGCCCUUCUCCCAUCCUCAUCGACUGUCCCCACCCCAACUGUAACAAGAAGUACAAGCAUAUCAAUGGGCUGAAGUACCACCAGGCCCACGCACACACGGAUGAUGACAGCAAGCUGGAGGCGGAUGUGGACAGCGAGUAUGGCGAGGAGCCCUCCCUGCAUGCCGACAUCGGGAGCUGCAACGGUGCUGCUGGGACACAGAAGGGCUCCCUCUCACCUGCUCGCUCGGCCACCCCCAAGGUGCGUUUGAUGGAGCCACACAGCCCCUCCCCAUCCAGCAAGUUCAGCGCCAAGGUCCCCUGCAAGAAGAAGGUGGGUGGGGAAGGGGACACAGAUCUGGGUGCUCUGUCCAAUGAUGGCUCUGAGGAUGGUCCUUCGGUGGCCGAUGAGACGAGUAACGAUGACUUUGACUCUCUGGAGAAGCGAUGCAUUGAUAAGGACAAGUCAAAGAAGUCCUCUGGUGCUAAACAGGAGAAGGUUCCUUCCAAAAGCUUGAAGUCCGCCAGACCCAUUGCACCAGCCAUCCCCCCGCAGCCAAUUUACACCUUCCAGACUGCCACGCUGACCACAGCCAGCCCCGGCUCCUCCGCUGGCCUCGCCACAACUGUGGUCCAGACCAUGCCCAACAGCCCCCAGCUCAAACCCAUCCAGCCCAAGCCAACAGUGAUGGGAGAGCCCUUCGCUGUCAAUCCUGCCCUCACCCCUUCCAAGGAGAAGAAGAAGAAAGACAAGAAGAAGAAAGAGCCCAAAGAGGUGGAAAACCCUUUGACUCCUGGCAAAGCCUGCAGAGCGGAGGAAGGUAAGAGUCCUUUCCGGGGGGAAUCCAGUGAGCUGGGGAUGAAAGGCGAGGGGCUGCUGAACGGUUCAUCUGACCCCCACCAGAGCCGGCUCGCCAGCAUCAAGGCCGAGGCAGAUAAAAUCUACAGCUUCACCGACAACGCACCCAGUCCCUCCAUCGGCGGGGCCAGCAGGCUGGAGAACACCAACCCAGCCCAGCCCCUGACCCCACUGCACGUUGUCACCCAGAAUGGGGCAGAGGCCAGCUCGGUGAAGACCAACAGCCCGGCCUAUUCGGACAUCUCUGAUGCUGGGGAGGAUGGGGAGGGCAAGCUGGAGAGCGUGAAGGCAAAGGAUCCAGAGCAGCUGGUCAAGGAAGGCGCCAAAAAAGCUCUUUUCCCACCACAACCACAGAGCAAAGAGUCUCCCUUCUACCAAGGCUUUGAAACCUACUAUUCCCCUGGCUACCCCCAGGCUAGCCCAGGACCCCUGAACCCCGGCGGGCAGUCUGCGGCCGAGACACAGACCUUGAAGCUGAAGAAGGACGAGGAGCAGGAGAACCCGGAGGUGAAGGUGAAGAGUGAAGGCUGUGAAGAGAAGAAGGCAGAGCUCGGCAGUGGCUCCAGCCAGCAGCCCUCAGUCAUCCAGCAGCGCCCCAACAUGUACAUGCAGUCCCUUUACUACAACCAGUAUGCCUACGUGCCGCCCUAUGGCUACAGCGAGCAGGGCUACCAUGCCCACCUGCUGAGCACCAACCCUGCCUACCGCCAGCAGUAUGAGGAGCAGCAGAAGCAGCGGCAGAGCCUGGAGCAGCAGCAGCAGCGAGGGCUGGAGAAGAAGGCGGAGCUGGGCUUGAAAGAGAGAGAGGCGGCCCUCAAAGAAGAAUGGAAGCAGAAGCCACCCAUGCCCCCAACGCUGACCAAAGCCCCAAGCCUCACGGACCUCGUCAAGUCGGGGCUGAGCAAGCCCAAGGAGCAGGGAGGUCCUGAUAUGGCCAAAUCGGUCAUCAUCCCCAAGCUGGAGGACUCAUCCAAGCUGUCCAGCAGCCAGGUCGCCGAGGGGCUCAAGGUGAAGCUGGGUGAGGCUGGUCACCUAGGGAAGGAGACGGCUGAGACGAAGGCUGGCUCCGAGUGUGGCCGGCAAGCGGAGGUGGACCCUGUUCUCUGGUACAGACAGGAAGCUGAGCCCCGGAUGUGGACCUAUGUGUACCCAGCAAAGUACUCAGACAUCAAGACAGAGGAUGAGCGGUGGAAAGAGGAGCGGGACCGAAAGUUGAAGGAAGAAAGAAAUCGAAGCAAAGAAGCCUCGUCCAAGGAGGACGGGAAGGAGAGCACCAGCUCCGAGUGCAAGCUGACCCCCACCGAGGAGGCUCGCAUGGUGGGGAAGGACCCCAGGCCCAGUGUCCACGUCCCCGUGUCCUCACCCCUCACGCAGCAUCAGUCCUACAUCCCGUACAUGCACGGCUACUCCUACAGCCAGUCGUAUGACCCCAACCACCCCAGCUACCGUGCCAUGCCCACCGUCAUGAUGCAGAAUUACCCAGGAUCAUACCUACCCUCCAGCUAUUCCUUCUCUCCGUAUGGGAGCAAGGCAUCCGGCAGCGAUGACAGUGACAAGUCCCGAGCCAGCCCCAGCGUGAGCUGUAAAUCCAGCUCGGAGUCCAAGGCCCUGGACAUCCUGCAGCAGCAUGCCAGCCACUACAAGAGCAAAUCCCCCACGAUAAGCGAGAAGACGUCUCAGGAGCGGGAGCGCAGCGGCUGUGGGGUGGUGGGGGGCGGCGGCAGCUGCAGCAGCGUCGGGGGAGCGGGCGCGGGCGAGAGGAGCGGCGACCGGCCCCGCACGUCGCCCUCGCAGCGCCUGCUCUCCACGCACCACCACCACCACCACCUCGGGUACUCGCUGCUGCCAGCGCAGUACAACCUGCCCUAUGCAACAGGUCUCUCCUCCACAGCCAUCGUGGCCAGCCAGCAAGGCUCCGCUCCCUCCCUGUACCCGCCUCCCCGGAGGUGAGAACGGAUGUGACACACCGGGAUGCCUGGGCUGUACAAGACGUGUGACUGGCUCACAUGGAGAAGUGCUGGAGACUCCUUUAGACAUCAGUUGAAUGGUGUUAAUUGUACUGCUUGACGUUCCUGCCGUGAUCUGAGGCAGACUCUGUCUUCUCCCCUCAUCGGACACACACUGACUCCCCGCCCCACCCCUCUUUGGGGAGUGGGGGAGCUGGUACCUGCGGAUAUAUUUAUUCUACUGAGCACCAGCACUUGGGGUGGAGGCGACUCACCUGCCUGGUGCAUAUGAAGAGGAAACAGAAGCACUGAGGUUUCUUGAUGAAUUUGGGACCCUGCCGUGUCUCUGUGAGCUGCUGCUUCACGAUAGGACUGGGGGCAGGUGGGGACUUGGAACAUGGGGCCGAGCCUGCCGUGUGGCCACAGUCUCAGGAAAGGAAGGAAGGACUGGCUCACAGAGCCUUGGCGGGUGUCAGGGGCUGGUGUGAGCCAGGCGGGUGGGUGGCAGCCUGGCUGGAGGCAGCUGUGGGGCUCUCCCAGUCCCUCAUUUGGUCCUGCACCCCACAGCACCCACAACUCUGUGCCUGGGGGCAGGAGCCACCAGCACGUGGCCAAUGGCCAGAGUGGGGCUGGGGAAGCUCUUGGCCCCAGCAAAACAGCCUCUGCCCUUGGGGGCUGGGGCUCCGUGGGGCUGGGGGCAGCAGGGGACAGAGCUGGGGGCUGUGUCUGUCACCCCACAGGCUGCCAGGGCCCCCCAGGCUGUGCACGGUCCAGACCUGCCUGAAGCUCCUGCCUGUGGCUUUUGCUUUGGUUUCGGAGCUGCAGCUCUGCAAAUCCCAGCCUUUUCUCUGCCCCACUGUCACAGCAAGUGCCCCCCAAACCCUGGGGCAGCACAUCCUGCUGUGGGGGGCUGUGGCUCCCCUUUUCAUCCACCUUUUGCUUUUAGGGCAGCUUCCCCAGGCCGCAGGCAGGGCGCAGCAAGAAACAAGCACACUUAGGUUCUGCUGGAGGCAUGUGGGGCCAUGCCGGUCCCCGCUCCAGCCUCGUGCCAGGGCUGGGGGCACCAGGCCCUGGAGGAAGAUGGUCCCCACUCCUGGCUGCUCCCAGCUCUGAGGACAGGGGCUUUCUGGUCCUCUGCCCCCAGCCCCAGAGCGGCUCUCCCCAGGCCGACACUCUACCUCGGCCCCGCAGCGGCCGGGCCGCCCCUGCUGUGUCCCCGCCUCUCCCGCUGCCCGGCCGGGGGACAUGGGGGCCAUCGGUCUCAGUUGUGUGUGUCCGUGUCGCACCCGGCCCCGAGGGCCGCUGUACGGGGAUGCUCUGCCUGCUGGGCUCUGUACAUACUGUAAAAAGCAAUUGUUUGAAA